AUCAGAUUCUGUAUAAAUACUGGACGUCUGGUGCCUGAAAUCAGUCACAACAUCUGCGAGCUUUUAUUCUGAGUCCCAGAAACAGCAAGCGGCCACCAGAUCAAGAUGAAGCUGCUCAUCCUGUUCGUGCUCGGGACCUUGGUUGUCGUCAUUAAUGGUCUGCCACCAAUCAACAGGGUUCACUUCAACAACCACUGUCGGUGUCUGCACGUGGAGUCGAGGCUCAUCCCUCCGAACAGUCUGAAGAGCAUCAAGCUCGUCCCCAAAGGGUCGCACUGCCCAGAGAUAGAGGUCAUAGCUGGCCUGGUGAGCGGGGAGAGCAUCUGUCUGAACCCUCACUCCUCCUGGGUGAAAAAGCUGGUCAGCUUUGUCCUGAACGAGCAGGGGAAGGCACCCAAGGACCAAGCCUGAGUUGGGUGCAGAAUUACAAAAGCAUCUACUUAAUUCCUUUCCAUGCAACCAUGAGCCACAUCCUUUUACUUUAUUGCGCAACAUCAGCGUCUUCUCAGUGUAACUACUUUUAUUGCAUCAUCCUCCUUUGAGCUUUUCUAACUAACACUGACUCUGGAUUCUUUUUGUGAAGUGUUAUAAGAAAUGGGCAGACCAACGUGUCAUAACUUUGUAAAGAAUGCGACCAGUUGCUUGUGUGUAUGCAGAGAUUAAUGAAGACGUACUUGUAGUACUUGUGUGUUGUGGAGUUUGACUGUAUGACCCUUUGAAAGCAGAUAAUGUAGCAUGAAGAUAGUAAGUACCUCUUCACUAGAUUCCCUUUAGCAACAUGUUUAAUCAAGUUUAUUUCAGUUCUGCCAUUGAUUCACAACUUGUUGUAAAGAAUGAUGAAUAAAGGAUGAUUAAAGACAAAAUCAAACAGA